AUGUACAUAAAACAGGUUAUUAUCCAGGGGUUCAGAAGUUACAGGGAUCAAACUGUUGUGGACCCCUUUAGUCCCAAGCAUAAUGUGAUUGUCGGCAGAAAUGGGUCCGGAAAAAGUAACUUUUUCUACGCUAUCCAGUUUGUGCUCAGUGAUGAAUUCAGCCACCUGCGACCUGAACAGCGCUUGGCCCUACUUCACGAGGGAACUGGUCCACGCGUCAUUUCAGCUUUUGUGGAGAUUAUAUUUGAUAACUCUGACAACCGGCUGCCGAUCGACAAAGAGGAGGUCUCCCUUCGCCGUGUCAUCGGUGCAAAGAAGGACCAGUACUUCUUGGACAAGAAGAUGGUGACUAAGAAUGACGUCAUGAACCUUCUGGAGAGUGCCGGCUUCUCUCGCAGUAACCCGUACUACAUUGUCAAGCAGGGAAAGAUCAACCAAAUGGCCACAGCCCCUGAUUCUCAGCGUCUCAAGCUUCUGAGAGAGGUGGCUGGAACACGAGUGUACGAUGAACGAAAGGAGGAGAGUAUUUCUCUCAUGAAGGAGACAGAGGGGAAGCGAGAGAAGAUCAAUGAGCUUUUGAAGUACAUCGAGGAGCGUCUGCAUACCCUGGAAGAUGAGAAGGAAGAGCUGGCUCAGUACCAGAAAUGGGACAAGAUGAGGAGAGCUCUGGAGUAUACCAUUUACAACCAGGAGCUCAACGAAACCCGGGCCAAACUGGAUGAGUUGUCCAGCAAGAGGGAGACCUGUGGAGACAAAUCCAGACAGCUGCGUGAUGCUCAGCAAGAUGCCCGAGACAAAGUGGAGGAGACGGAGCGCGUUGUGCGCGAGCUGAAGUCCAAGGUCUCUGCCAUGAAGGAGGAGAGAGAGCAACUGUCGGCAGAGCGCCAGGAGCAGAUCAAGCAGAGGACCAAGCUCGAGCUGAAGGCCAAGGACCUGCAGGAUGAGCUGGCAGGCAACAGUGAACAGAGGAAACGUUUGCUGAAGGAGCGUCAGAAGCUGUUGGAGAAGAUUGAGGAGAAACAAAAAGAGCUGCAGGAGACUGAACCCAAAUUCAACAUGGUGAAGGAAAAGGAGGAGCGGGGUAUCUCUAGACUAGCUCAAGCUACCCAAGAGAGGACUGACUUGUAUGCUAAGCAGGGCCGUGGUAGUCAGUUUACUUCAAAGGAGGAGAGGGAUAAGUGGAUCAAGAAAGAGUUAAAGUCCCUGGACCAGGCCAUAAAUGACAAGAAGAGGCAGAUUGCAGCCAUCCACAAAGACCUGGAGGACACAGAGAUGAAUAAGGAGAAGAACCUGGAGCAGUACGGCAAACUUGAUCAAGAUUUAAAUGAGGUCAAGACCCGCGUUGAGGAGCUGGACAAGAAAUAUUAUGAAGUGAAGAACAGGAAAGAUGAACUCCAAAGUGAAAGAAACUACCUGUGGCGUGAGGAGAACGCAGAGCAACAGGCCCUGGCAGCCAAGCGAGAGGACCUGGAGAAGAAGCAGCAGCUCCUCAGAGCAGCCACAGGCAAGGCCAUCCUGAAUGGCAUCGACAGCAUAAACAAAGUUCUGGAGCAUUUUAGGAGGAAGGGGAUUAACCAGCAUGUCAUCAAUGGUUACCAUGGCAUUGUCAUGAAUAAUUUUGAGUGUGAGCCAGCUUUUUACACCUGCGUGGAAGUGACAGCAGGGACAAGACUGUUUUACCACAUUGUGGAAACUGAUGAGGUGAGCACAAAAAUCCUGAUGGAGUUCAACAAAAUGAACUUACCUGGAGAAGUGACGUUCCUUCCCCUCAGCAAGCUGGACGUCAGAGACACGGCCUACCCAGAGACAAACGAUGCCAUUCCCAUGAUCAGUAAGCUGCGCUACAGUCCCAACUUUGACAAGGCUUUUAAGCACGUUUUUGGAAAGACGCUGAUUUGCCGUAGCAUGGAGGUUUCCACCCAGCUGGCUCGAGCUUUCACCAUGGAUUGUAUAACUUUGGAAGGGGACCAGGUAAGCCACAGAGGGGCUCUUACUGGAGGCUAUUAUGAUACAAGAAAAUCUCGCCUGGAGCUACAGAAAGACAUGAGAAAGGCUGAGGAGGAGCUGGCAGAGCUGGAGGCGAAGCUCAACGAGAACCUGCGGAGGAACAUCGAACGUAUCAACAAUGAGAUCGACCAGCUGAUGAACCAGAUGCAGCAGAUAGAAACCCAGCAGAGGAAGUUUAAGGCCUCCAGAGAUAGUAUUCUGUCAGAGAUGAAGAUGCUGAAGGAGAAGAGGCAACAGUCCGAGAAGACCUACAUGCCCAAGCAACGCAGUCUCCAAAGCUUGGAGGCCAGCCUCCACGCCAUGGAGUCCACCAGGGAGUCGCUGAAGGCAGAGCUUGGCACUGAUCUCCUCUCUCAGCUCAGCUUGGAGGAUCAGAGACGUGUUGAUGACCUCAACGACGAGAUCCGUCAGUUACAGCAGGACAACAGGCAGCUGUUAAACGAGAGGAUCAAGCUGGAGGGAAUCAUGACCAGAGUGGAAACGUAUCUUAAUGAGAACUUACGGAAACGUCUCGAUCAAGUAGAGCAGGAGCUGAAUGAGCUGCGUGAGACAGAAGGAGGUACAGUGCUGACGGCGACUACAUCUGAGCUGGAUGGCAUCAACAAACGAGUAAAAGAUACCUUGGCUCGAUCUGAUGAUCUGGACGGUCUCAUCGACAAGACGGAAGCAGAGAUCAAGGAUCACAUCAAGAGCAUGGAGCGUUGGAAGAACAUCGAGAAGGAGCAGAAUGACGCCAUCAACCACGACACCAAGGAGCUGGAGAAGAUGACCAACAGGCAGGGAAUGCUGCUGAAGAAGAAAGAGGAGUGCAUGAAGAAAAUCCGAGAACUGGGCUCCCUGCCUCAGGAGGCCUUUGAGAAGUACCAGACCCUCACACUCAAACAGUUGUUCAGAAAGCUGGAGCAGUGCAACACGGAGCUGAAGAAGUACAGCCACGUCAACAAGAAGGCCCUGGAUCAGUUUGUCAACUUCUCCGAGCAGAAGGAGAAACUAAUCAAGCGUCAGGACGAGCUCGACCGAGGCUACAAAUCCAUCAUGGAGCUCAUGAACGUGUUGGAGCUGCGCAAGUACGAGGCCAUCCAGCUCACCUUCAAACAGGUGUCCAAGAACUUCAGCGAGGUCUUCCAGAAACUGGUUCCUGGAGGCAAGGCUACACUGGUGAUGAAGAAGGGCGAUGCUGAAGGCGGCCAGUCCCAGGACGAGGAGGGGGGAGCGGACAGCGAGCGGGGAUCUGGCUCCCAGAGCAGUGUCCCUUCAGUGGACCAGUUCACAGGAGUCGGCAUCAGAGUGUCUUUCACUGGGAAGCAAGGGGAGAUGAGGGAGAUGCAGCAACUGUCUGGAGGCCAGAAGUCUCUGGUGGCCUUGGCUCUGAUCUUUGCCAUCCAGAAGUGUGACCCAGCUCCUUUCUACCUGUUUGAUGAGAUCGACCAGGCCCUCGAUGCCCAGCACAGGAAGGCCGUCUCAGACAUGAUCGUGGAGCUGGCCGGCCAUGCUCAGUUCAUCACCACCACCUUCAGGCCGGAGCUGCUCGAAUCUGCAGACAAAUUCUACGGCGUCAAAUUCAGGAACAAGGUGAGUCACAUUGAUGUGAUCACAGCAGAGCAGGCCAAAGACUUUGUGGAGGACGACACCACCCAUGGUUAAAGCACUCUUCCUCCUCAUCAUCAUCAUCAUCCUCCUCGUCCAUUCCUCCUCUGCCUUCACAGAGAGCGCCGCUGAAAGCCUCCAAAGCUGAGGGUCACAGGCACAAAAAAAUCCAACAUACCUUAAAGCAUAACUGCUUGGUUUUUAAAAGAAAAAUGUCCAUCAGGGUGGAAAAAAAUGAAGAACGGGGAGUUCUUAUUUCUUGUUUUCCUCAGUCCUGAUUUCACACUGGAUCUACGGCUUAAUAGUUUGGUUUUAGGAGAGAAUCUCAAGUUUCUGUUGCUGUGAUAGAUUUUCAUUUAAGCUAAAGUUAGGUGACCUUUGUGAUGCAGACGGAGUCAGGAAACCUGAGGGGUCUGACCAGAAAAUAGCUCCUCUUUGUAAAUAUGAAGCCGUUUUUAUACAUCUUGUGUUAAAAUAGUUGCUUUUGAUAAGAUGUGCUUGGAAGAGACGGGACAGGGGUUCGUUUUUGUUUGUUGUUGGCCUUGAAAUAACAGCAUUUUUUCUAAAUUUUGUGUAAUGUAUAUUGCUUGUACUCACAAUGAGUGUUUAUAGAUUGUUGUUCUUUCCUCUGGUUGUUAUUCUACUGUGCAACGUCUUGUUUUAGGUCAUUGGAAUAAAAGUUAAUAUUCCUCAUCAACUAAUUACCCUUUCUGGACUCAAAGUUCACCUUCUGAGUCAUCUAAGCAGGGUUACUGAGUCCUGUAGGAUUAGUUAUGCAGUUAAUGUUGCAACAAGUCCAAGUUUUCAUUCACUGGCUGUUCAUAAUCAGACGUCUUAUUUUGUUCUUCUUGUUUUACUUUUCUUCCACCGCAAACUUUAAGUUUCUUUUUACAUAAUUGAAAAACCUGGCUUAUUAAAUGAAUAAAAGGUUUUAAAAAU